ACGGAAGUUGCGUUUGUUAUUCUGCAUAACUUAAUAAAUGUGCUACUUCCGCUUUCUUAGCUCGCAGUCAGAUACUAAAGCGCCAUCUCGGGAAAAGGUGACAGAGGACCUUUCAGCUGCUGCAGUAACUAGCAACCCUGGACUUUGCAAAGAAAACUUUGGAGACGACGUUUCACCGUUAAAACUUUACUGUUUCGCGUUAAAACAGCUCAAAGACGCAUUUAGCUUCUUGGCUAACCGUUAGCUCACAGCUCGCGCGUAGAGUCGUUAGCUAGAAACAGUUUUUCCACGGAGAAAUUUCCCGGUCCUUUUAUGUUUUCGCUACUGCAAAGACAUGUUGGACGGAUCUCCUGCGCAGGGCGGUGAAGCAAAUCUCGGCAACGUCGAAAACAACAACCCUUUGUCGCUUAUUUCCGGCAACGAAAGGGUGAACAUGGGCAACAAAACGAAACAGGCGCUGCUGAAGAAAGGGGGGAGGAAACUGCGGAAACCACCGAGACACUGCCCCAAUGGCCGCCUGUCGGACCACAACAACAACAACACCACCGGCGGGACCCCGGCGGCCCCCGGUGCCCACAGACCGGCGUCCCAGGCCGGGGCCCCGCACCCCGCCGGGACCCAGGCUCUGCUCGGCCUCCAUCACGGCAAACAGGGAGCCAAGAGAGAGCUGCUGAAAGCCAAAGGGAACAGGACAGAGCGUGGGGUUGUCCAACCGGGAGGCCAGUCGGCUCGCAACCUGCCCAGACACGAUCAGAUUACCCACAAUGCCCGGAGCCACAAACCCAAGCCGAGCCAAACCCCCGCCGCCUCUCCCUCCACCAGGAAGAAGGACAACCGCCCCCCCAAGAAGCCCUCGUCUUCCCACCCGCCUCUGUCCGGGGAGCAAAAGAAACCGCUCCACGCCUCCAACCACGUGGAGAUCCACAGCACUCCGCCCGCCCAGAACCCCCCCGAAUACCUCAAGGAUGGCGAGAAGGUGUAUGCCGGAGCCCGGUUCAGCGAGCCCCCCUCGCCCAGUGUCUUACCCAAGCCGCCCAGCCACUGGGUGGGGGAGGACGAGCCUCAGCAGAGCAGCCAAAGCCGGGAGCAGAUGACCGUCCACCUAAAGUCGCUGCUGAAGGUUCAAGAAUAACCCCGAGCCACGGUCCAGAAAGUUAAACUGGAGCUGACCCGCAGGACAUGUGGUCCACGAUUAGUGCAAUUCGAAAACUUUUAAGAUGAAAAGAGAGAUUGGUCUGUAACACUGCAAUAUAAUGUUAAGUUUCCCACGAGCCCGCCCGCCCGCCGCUCGCUGUUUGUGAACAAUUGGAGGCGCUGUGUUGCUGCUUGAAAUGUGGCCGCCGGGCUGUUGGUCAGAGGGCUGUUUUUGUUUCGGACAGCGACACAAAGCGGGUCCCACACCGCCACAACGUCCGCACUUCGUCCCCAAAAGGCAGCCGAGCGCUCAACUUUUUAAAGAGCCCGCGUACGUGUACAUAAUAUAUUGUAAACGUAUAUUUGUGUAUAUUUUUCUCGUCGUUUUAACUGAGAUUCUAGUUUUGUUACUGAGGCUUUUCCAAAAAAAAAAAAAAAAAAGAUUGAGAAAAAAAAAACCCGGGUCCCCUGCGAACUGAGGCACUUUGAACCAUCCCCGUCAGUGUCGGACAAAAGAGACUCUGCUCCAUUUGCACUGGAAAAAAAAAGAAAAAGGAGACGGGCCGGAGCGGCCGGUGGGGUCAGCUGGAAAGAGCCACCGUCCAGCCCCCCCCACC